GAAUAUCUUUAUUGAAAAUAUUUUAUCAAUAUCAAUAAUGUUGGUAUUAAUGUCUACGAGAUUGACAGAUCGUUUUGACUAAAUUUAUUCGUAGUACGCGAGUUGUGUGUUUGUGUAUUUAGUAAAAUUGUAACGAAAAAUAUUAUUUAUAUUAUUAUAUUUUUGUGAGGUUAUUUAGAAAAGAGUAACAUGGAUGAAGCCAAAUUUUUGAAAAGAAAAGUUAGAUCUGGAACAUUAGAUGUACACCCAACGGAAAAAGCAUUAGUAAUUAAUUAUGACGUUGAAGCACUCAUUUUAGGAGAACUUGGUGAUCCUAUGCUUGGAGAUCGUAAGGAAUGUCAAAAAAUAAUUAGAUUGAAAAGUUUAAAUGCUGAUACUAACGUAGCAUUAUUAGCAAAGGAAGUUAUGGAUAAAUGCUCUCUGAUACACGAGUCCAAAUUACACGAAGUUGAACAGCUUAUUUAUUACCUUCAAACACGUAGAACCAAUGAGAGUGGUAAUGACAGUACUACUCCGCUUCAAAGACCGACGUCAUCUAAUUCUAUGAAUAUAGAAAGCAUUGAUUCAGAACGGGCUAUCAUCAGUAACAUUAAUAGUUACAUCGAGUUAUUAUAUGAAGAAAUGUCAGAUAAAAUAAAAGGAUCAUCAUUGAUCCUACAAUUAGCCCGUAUACCUGACAAUCUUUUGGAAUUAACUAAAAAUGAAUCAUUAUUGAGUGCUUUGGCUAGAGUUCUUCGGGAAGAUUGGCGACGCAGUAUAGAACUUUCAACUAAUAUUAUAUACAUCUUUUUUUGCUUCUCAAUGUAUAGCCAAUUUCAUAAUAUAGUUCUUGAAUACAGAAUCGGUUCUCUUUGUAUGGAUAUUAUAAUUUUUGAGUUAAAUCGUUAUGAUCAAUGGAAGGAGGAUAUGGACAAGUGUAGACGUCAUUUUGAAAAUACUACCGGAUUGGUUCUUUUUCCUUCUACGAAUGAUACAUGCGAUAGAAGAAUUAAAAUUAUUGACGAUAUUUGGAAUACGGAUGGUCCUUUGGAUUAUGAAGUCAAAAGAAGAUCUGUUGAAGUUAAUUCUAGUGUUAGUGAAAGUGAUUUAAAGAAGAUGAAAGAUGAACUUGAAAAAAGUCGUAGAAAGUUUAAAAGUUUAACCAAAAAACAGGAACAAUUAUUAAGAGUUGCUUUCUACUUGCUAUUGAAUAUUGCCGAAAACAUGGAUGUUGAAAGAAAAAUGCGUAAAAAAAAUAUCAUUGGUAUGUUGAUCAAAACAUUGGACAGAACUAACAUUGAUUUAUUAAUUCUGGUUGUUACGUUUUUAAAAAAAUUAUCUAUUUUUCGCGAAAACAAGGAUCUAAUGGCGGAAGAUAACGUGGUCGAGAAACUACCGCGACUUCUACAAAACAACAAUAUGGAUCUUAUAUUAAGUACAUUAAAAUUACUAUUUAAUUUAUCUUUCGAUGCUAAGUUAAGAGCAAGAAUGAUACGAGUUGGUAUGUUACCCAAAUUGAUUAAAUUACUCAGUCAUGGUGACAUCAAAAGUAAAGCUACCAUCUUAGGAUUAUUGUAUCACGCAAGUAUGGACGAUAAAGUCAAGUCUAUGUUUACAUAUACCGAUUGUAUUCCAAUGGUAAUGGAUAUGAUUUUAAAUCUUGAAGACGAGCCCUUGAAACAAGAAUUAAUAGCACUUGGAGUAAACUUAGCGACAAAUUCAAAAAAUGCACAACUUAUGAUAGAAAACAAUCAUUUACAAAAUCUCAUACAACAAGCAUUUAGAAAUCAAGACGCAUUGAUCAUGAAAAUGAUUAGGAACAUUUCUCAACAUGAUUCAGUGAAAGAAAAUUUUGUUGAAUUCGUAGGUGACUUUGCUAUGGCUGUAAAUCAAUCAGAUUCCGAAGAUUUUGUAAUAGAAGUUGUCGGUAUUUUAGGAAAUCUAGAAUUAUCCGAUUUAGAUUAUUCUCAAAUUCUUCAACGAUGUAAUUUAAUACCUUGGAUACGCAACAAUUUAGUUCCAGGAAAAGCGCAAGAUGAUUUGGUACUUGAGGUUGUAAUAUUCUUAGGUACCGCAGCUAACGAUGAAGAUUGUGCUCGUUUGUUGUGUAAAGCAGAUAUUCUUUUGUCUCUUAUCGAAUUGCUUAAAGCAAAGCAAGAGGAUGAUGAAAUGGUUUUACAAAUAAUUUAUGUAUUUUAUCAAAUAUCUAAACAUGAUUCAACAAGAGAUUAUUUAAUCCGCGAGACUGGUAAUGAAGCACCUGGGUAUUUAAUAGAUUUGAUGCACGAUAAAAAUCCAGCAAUCAGAAAAGUUUGCGAUGCUUGUUUGGACGUUAUUGCUAUGUGCGAUAAAAAUUGGGCAGCGCGUAUUAAAGUAGAAAAAUUUCGAUCGCAUAAUCAACAAUGGCUGGAAAUGGUUGAAUCUAUAGGUGCAGAUGCAGCUACACAAUUACUACCAGAUGAAGAUGACAGUCUCUCGCCGUUUCUAAGUGGAGAACUUUUAAAACACACUAUGUUGUUCCCAUCUGGUAACUCAGCAUUAUAUAAUACAGACGAUGGAUUUUCAUUGAUGAAAAAUUCGUCGGGAUCUUCUGAAAAUCUCAGUCGACCAGUUAGCAGGUAUAGAGAUCUCGAUGAAAUAGGUGAACUUAUGGCACGUUCGAAAUCACGAAUAUCAAUUGGCACAGGUUUGGAAGAUUCAUAUUACAACAACAGAGUAAAAUUUACUGAUUUAGAUAAUCCACAUGUAUUGAUAUGAGGGCAAAGUAAUAUUACAUAUUACUAACGUGUAUUUUCUCAUGA